AUGGCCCACGAGAAAGAGCAGAUCCCGCUGUCUGACACCGAAGGAGGAGAGGAGCGGACAGCACGAGAGCACUUGUCGAAGACGCAUAUCACGCAUGACCAGAAUGCACCACGCUCAGAAUCUGCCUCUGCGAGAACGCUGGCACCAGAGGGCAACGGCAGCAACGGAGCGACGACCACUGGCGCUGCGCAGAGUCUACACCGCAAGCGCAGCCACGAAGAGAUAGACGCCGACUCGCAAGAAAGAUCGCAGCCUCCGCGACACCAUGCCAGGAAGAGGUCACGCGAUAGCACAGCGGAAGAAGACGAACUCAACAACGGUCAACGGAAGACCUCUGGCGAACGAGCACGAGACGGGAACGAGACAAUAGAGGCGGACCACGAGCAUGCACAAGUAAAUGGCGCUGCAAAGCCACCUCGAGCGACAACACCAGAUCGCCAUGAGCAAAAGCGGGCAGAAGACGCAGCAGAAGCUGUCGCGAGUCCGAAAACUAAGAGAAGUCGGCUGCACUCUACCACAGCAGAAGACAAAUACGUCGCGAUUGCUCAGGCAGCGAACGCGGAAAAGAUCGCCGAGUCAGCGGUGUCGGACUCGCAAGGAGAUGUCAAGGCUGAAGGCACAACGAAGAUACCUCCAACCAGUGGCUUCGCGAACGCCUCUGUAACAUCACCGUUCGGUUCGUUAUCAGGCAGCAAGUCCCCUAUCAAGUCUCCCGCUUCCGAGGCACAAACUUCAGCAAGCGCCUUCGCAUCCUCUGGCUUCGGUGCACUUUCAGGAUCUACGACUUCUGCAUUUGGCGCGAUUGGGAAGGAGUCUGGCGGGUUCGGCUCUGGCGGGAGUUUCGCAACAGGGGCGAAAAGCCCUUUGAACGCAAGCGACAACGCAAAGCCUCUGUCACCACCAUCAAGCACAUUCGGUGGGUCUCUCGCUCAGAAGUCUGCCUUUACGAGUACGGGAGACGGCGGAAGCGGCUUCGGGUCAGGUACUUCCGGCUUUGCGUCGCCAGGAACUGGGGGAUUUGGCGGCGGACUAGGAGGUACUGGGUUCAGCACCAUUGGAGGUGGAGGUCUAAGCUCAUUCGCGAGUGGUAAGACUCUCGCCCCACUUGGAGGUGCUACCACAUUGAAGCCCUUUGGUGCGGGUGCCGACCCCGAAGAAGAUGCCAAAGCUGGCGACGACGGAGACAAGACUGGAGCUAAGAGCCCGCUUGCUACCGAGAAGGACGAACAGCAUGAGCAAUUCUACGAGCAGGUCAUGACUACCGGCGAAGAAGAUGAGGUGACAGAAUUUACCUCCAGAGCUAAGCUCUACAACUUCGCGCCUAAUCCCGCCAAUAAUGACAAGAAAGAGUGGAGAGAAAGAGGCAUGGGUGUGCUACGUCUCAAUGUCAUGAAAGCAUUGUCGGAUGAUGAUCAGGACCAGAAGCCAACGGCACGUCUGCUAAUGCGAGCUGACGGCUCUCACCGCGUACUUCUGAACAGCCCGAUCAAGAAGGAACUCACUUUUGGUGCGCCGAAUGGUGGUAAGCCCACAGGUGGGUAUCUUUACUUCAUGGGUACGAUCGACGGCGGCUUGGAACUUUUGCAGCUGAAGCUCAAACAAGCCAACGCUCUCGACCUCUUCGAACACAUCGAAAGCCUGCAGAAAGAAAUGUAA